GCGGAGCACGGCCCAGCUGACCCGACCCGGCGCAGUCAUGGCCACCACCGCGCAGUACCUGCCGCGCGGCAGCCCUCUGCUGCCGGGGCCCCCCGCGGACGCCGAGCGCCUGCACCAGGGCCCCACCUACCGCGAGGUCCAGAAGAUGAUGCACCACGAGUACCUGCAGGGCCUGGCCGCCACCCCCGGGCACCCCCUCGGCAGCCUCCCGCACCACCAGUGGCUGCCGGGCGCCACGGGGGACUGGGCGGGUGGCGGGACCCACCUGGAGCACGCCAAGGGCGCCGGCGCCGGGCCGCGGGGAGACCUCGACGGCAGCAGCGGUGGCUUCCACUCGCGCUCGCACCUGGUGCACCAGCAGGCAGCGGGCGGCGGCGGGGGGGGCGGGCACUGGGCGCAGGGCGGCCCCUCGGCACACCACCUGGGCGGCUGCCCCUCCGCCAUGUCCCCGACGGCCGGCGGACACCAGCCGCUGCUCUACUCGCAGGCCGCCUACCCGAGCCUAAACGGCAUGCUGGGGCCGGGGCCCGCGCUGCACCUGCCCCACGGCCACCUGCCGCAGCACGGCCACGACGAGGCGGCCGAGGCGCACCUCGAGGGCUCGUCGCCGCACCUGGGCCACCCGGGCCACGAGCCGCCGUCGGACGAGGACGCGCCCAGCUCCGACGACCUGGAGCAGUUCGCCAAGCAGUUCAAGCAGCGGCGCAUCAAGCUGGGCUUCACGCAGGCCGACGUGGGGCUGGCGCUGGGCACCCUGUACGGCAACGUCUUCUCGCAGACCACCAUCUGCCGCUUCGAGGCGCUGCAGCUGAGCUUCAAGAACAUGUGCAAGCUCAAGCCGCUGCUCAACAAGUGGCUGGAGGAGACCGACUCCAGCACGGGCAGCCCAGCCAACCUGGACAAGAUCGCGGCGCAGGGCCGCAAGCGCAAGAAGCGCACCUCCAUCGAGGUGGGCGUCAAGGGCGCGCUGGAGAGCCACUUCCUCAAGUGCCCCAAGCCCUCGGCCCACGAGAUCACGUCGCUGGCCGACACGCUGCAGCUGGAGAAAGAGGUGGUGCGCGUGUGGUUCUGCAACCGGCGCCAGAAGGAGAAGCGCAUGACGCCGGCGGGGGGCCCGCACCCGCCCGCCAUGGAGGACGUUUACGCACACGGGGAGGCCUCGCCGCCGCCGCCGCCGCCGCCGCUGCAGCACCACACGCUCCAGAGCGCCGCCGUGCAAUGACUGAGCCGCGGCGGCGGGGCCGAGCACCGGCACUGGCCCGGACUGGCGGCCCAGACUGGCGGAGGGAGCCGUCCGGGGGCUCCGGCCGGCCCCUGCCCGCGCUGGCCGCCACGGACUGCGGCAAGCCCGGAGCUUGUGCCUCGGGCAGCUUGGGGCGCCCACCCAGCCGGCCCCUGACGGA